AUGGAGUUGCUGUGCAAUGGGAGUCUAGCCACUGGUCCCAUAUACCCAAGCUCUAUGAACCUGCCUCCUGACAAGGCCCGGCUCCUGCGGCAGUAUGACAAUGAGAAGAAGUGGGAUCUGAUCUGUGAUCAGGAACGGUUCCAGGUGAAGAAUCCUCCCCACACUUAUAUCCAGAAACUCCAGAGCUUCUUGGACCCCAGUGUAACUCGGAAGAAGUUCAGGAGGAGAGUACAGGAGUCAACCAAAGUUCUGCGGGAGCUAGAGAUCUCUCUUCGCACCAAUCACAUUGGGUGGGUUCGGGAGUUUCUUAAUGAUGAAAACAAAGGCUUGGAUGUGCUGGUGGAUUAUCUGUCCUUUGCUCAGUGUUCUGUCAUGUUUGACUUUGAGGGUCUGGAGAGUGGUGAUGAUGGUGCAUUUGACAAACUCCGGUCCUGGAGCAGGUCAAUCGAGGACCUGCAGCCGCCCAGCAUCCUGUCGGCCCCCUUCACCAACAGCCUCGCUCGCUCUGCGCGCCAGUCUGUGCUCCGAUACAGCACUCUUCCUGGCCGCAGGGCCCUGAAGAACUCCCGCCUAGUGAGCCAAAAGGAUGAUGUUCACGUCUGUAUCCUUUGUCUCAGAGCCAUCAUGAACUAUCAGUAUGGCUUCAAUUUGGUCAUGUCCCAUCCCCAUGCUGUCAAUGAAAUUGCGCUCAGCCUCAACAACAAGAAUCCAAGGACCAAAGCUCUGGUCUUGGAACUCCUGGCAGCUGUGUGUUUGGUGCGAGGAGGUCAUGAAAUUAUUCUUGCUGCUUUUGACAAUUUCAAAGAGGUGUGCAAGGAGCUGCAUCGAUUUGAGAAGCUAAUGGAAUACUUCCGGAAUGAAGACAGCAACAUUGACUUCAUGGUGGCCUGCAUGCAGUUCAUCAACAUUGUGGUGCACUCAGUGGAAGACAUGAACUUCCGGGUCCACUUGCAGUAUGAGUUUACCAAGCUGGGGCUAGAGGAGUUCCUGCAGAAGUCAAGGCACACGGAGAGUGAGAAGCUGCAGGUGCAGAUUCAGGCAUAUCUGGACAACGUGUUUGAUGUUGGGGGAUUGUUAGAAGAUGCUGAAACUAAGAAUGUAGCCCUGGAGAAGGUGGAAGAGCUGGAGGAGCACGUGUCUCAUCUCACAGAAAAGCUUUUGGACCUGGAAAAUGAGAACAUGAUGCGGGUGGCUGAAUUGGAGAAGCAGCUGCUGCAGCGAGAGAAAGAGCUGGAGAGCAUCAAGGAGACAUACGAGAACACAAACCACCAGGUGCAUACCCUUCGGAGGCUCAUUAAGGAGAAGGAGGAGGCCUUCCAACGCCGAUGCCACUUGGAGCCAAGUGCCCGGGGCCUGGAGUCUGUGGGUGGAGAGGUCCUGGCCAGGAUAGGCCCUGCAGAGCUGAGUGAAGGCAUACCACCCUCUGACCUGGACCUGCUGGCUUCAGCCCCCCUGGCUGAGGAAGCCCUUCCUCUGCCCCCUCCACCAGCUCCACCUUUGCCUCCACCCCCUCCUCCAUUACCAGACAAGUGUCCCCCAGCCCCACCUCUCCCUGGUGCUGCUCCCUCAGUAGUACUGACGGUGGGCCUGUCAGCCAUUCGCAUUAAGAAACCUAUCAAGACCAAGUUCCGGCUACCAGUCUUCAACUGGACAGCACUGAAACCCAAUCAGAUCAGUGGCACUGUCUUCAGUGAACUUGAUGAUGAGAAGAUCUUGGAGGACCUGGACCUGGACAAGUUUGAAGAUUUGUUUAAGACAAAAGCCCAGGGCCCUGCUCUUGACCUCAUCUGCUCCAAAAAUAAAACAGCACAAAAGGCUGCCAGCAAGGUGACCCUCUUAGAAGCCAACCGUGCCAAGAACCUGGCCAUCACCCUACGCAAAGCUGGCCGCUCAGCUGAGGAGAUCUGCAGGGCCAUCCACACGUUUGACCUGCAGACACUACCAGUGGACUUUGUUGAGUGCCUGAUGCGCUUCCUGCCCACAGAGGCUGAGGUGAAGCUGCUGCGACAAUAUGAGCGUGAGCGGCAGCCUCUGGAAGAGCUUGCAGCAGAGGACCGCUUCAUGCUGCUCUUCAGCAAGGUGGAGCGGCUCACCCAGCGAAUGGCCGGCAUGGCCUUCUUGGGCAACUUUCAGGACAACCUGCAAAUGCUCACACCGCAACUGAAUGCCAUCAUUGCGGCCUCAGCUUCAGUCAAGUCCUCACAGAAACUGAAGCAGAUGCUGGAGAUCAUACUUGCACUGGGGAACUACAUGAACAGCAGCAAGCGAGGAGCUGUGUAUGGCUUCAAGCUCCAAAGUCUAGAUCUGCUCCUGGACACAAAGUCCACUGACCGGAAGAUGACACUUCUCCAUUUCAUCGCCUUGACAGUGAAGGAGAAAUACCCAGACCUAGCUAACUUCUGGCAUGAGCUACACUUUGUGGAGAAGGCUGCAGCAGUGUCCCUGGAGAACGUGCUGCUAGACGUGAAGGAGUUGGGCCGGGGUAUGGAGCUAAUUCGGCGCGAGUGCAGCCUUCAUGACAACAGUGUCCUUCGGAGCUUCCUCAAUACCAAUGAAGGCAAACUGGACAAGCUCCAGCGUGAUGCCAAGACAGCUGAGGAGGCCUACAAUGCAGUUGUGCGCUACUUUGGUGAGAGUCCCAAGACCACACCUCCUUCUGUAUUUUUCCCAGUAUUUGUCAGAUUCAUUCGUUCUUACAAGGAAGCAGAACAAGAGAAUGAGGCCCGGAAGAAGCAGGAGGAGGUAAUGAGGGAGAAGCAGCUGGCUCAGGAAGCCAAAAAGCUGGAUGCCAAGACUCCAUCCCAGAGGAACAAGUGGCAACAACAGGAGCUAAUUGCAGAGUUGAGGCGGCGCCAGGCUAAGGAGCACCGGCCUGUUUAUGAGGGAAAGGACGGUACCAUUGAGGACAUCAUUACAGUGCUGAAGAGUGUCCCUUUCACGGCCCGUACUGCCAAGCGGGGCUCACGCUUCUUCUGUGAUACAGCCCACCAUGAUGAAUCAAACUGUUAACCCCCAAGCCUGGGGCCCCUGACAGGCCUCCGCCACCAGCCUGUUGUUGUUCGCCACCAAGCCAGGAGUGCUGCACCAUUCAGUGUACACCCUCGGGCCCCAGGCCCCCACUGAGAGACCUGACCCUCUUGGAAGCAGAAGCACUUCAACUCUUGAGUUCUCCAAGUCUAGACAAGGAACCUGACCUGAAGCAAUGGGCCUGGCAAAAGGCUGUGCUGAACCAUUAUACACACUUGGUCUCUGGGGUCCUGGCACUUCCUUAGUGCCUCCCGUGCUGCACUUUGCCCCAUAGUCCUCAUUUCCUGGAGGGUCAUUUCUGAGCUGGGAAAAACCACUUCCAGCAUAGUCCCCCAGGCUCCUCUCCCACUAGAGUUCCAUGGGAUAAGAGAACUGUAUUCCCUCCCCCUUUCUUCCCCUUUUCUUUGGUCUAGAAGUUCCAGGCUGAGGGAGUUCUGGGGACUCUGCCAGUCUCAGAUAUCUCUUACCAAAAGCAAGGCUAUGCCAUGCCUGGGCCCUGCCACACACACUCUGCUAUCCUCUUGAGAUAAGGGUAGAGGAGCUAUGUCAGGCCCAGUGCCCUUCCCCUUGGCCCUUCCAGGCUAGGCAAACACUGUCCUUGUGAGGUAGCUGAAGAGUAGAGGUGCUCUCCUGCACUACAGCAAGGGUGUGCCAACAGCCCAUGUCCUGUCUUCAGCUAGGUGGUUUUUGGCAGGGGAUAGCACAUGGAGCAUCUUCAUAGACUAUUUUACUCAGUUCCCUAUCAGCUUCUUCUGAGCCCUUGGAAGGGAAUGCGGGGCCAUCUCUUUUUGUACAUGUACCAAUCCCUUCUCUCUUGUACAUAAACCUCAGACCUUCCUUCUCAACAAAGGCUUCAAAGCUUCAUGCUGACUAUGUCUCUUCUUUCUGAGCUUGGGAAUCUAGGGAUGGAAAGCAGAUUGGA